AUGCAGAAUCAAUAUGAAAAUAAUGGAGAGCAACUGCAGCAGGGAUUGGAGCAACCGCAAGAGCCACCAUUAAAUCAGCGGGGUAUGAUAGCGCACCCUAAUCUACUGUCCACACUGUCUCCAGAUCAGAUCCGAAGGGACCAGCGGAUAGGGUUACAUGCAAUCAGAGAAUUUCUACAGAGCAAAACAUCAUUUGAUGUUCUUCCUGUUUCCUACAGAGUUAUAGUUUUUGAGACGUCAUUAUUAGUGAAAAGAGCAUUGAACAUUUUGCUUCAAAACAGUAUUGUUUCCGCACCUCUCUGGAACAGUAAGACGUCGAGAUUUGCAGGUUUGUUAACGUCUAAUGAUUUCAUCAAUGUGAUUCAAUACUACUCUCAGAAUCCCACCCAGUUCCAGUUCAUAGAUAAUCUUACAUUAGACGGACUCAGAGAUGUUGAGAAAGCCGUUGGUACUCCAUCCCUGGAAACAGUGUCAAUCCAUCCUUUUAAACCAUUGUAUGAUGCUUGUGUGAAGAUGAUUCAAAGUUCUGCUCGAAGAAUUCCGUUGAUUGAUGAGGACGAGAACACACAUCGAGAAAUUGUCGUGAGUGUUUUAACCCAGUACAGAAUUCUUAAAUUUGUCAGUAUGAAUUGCAAAGAGACAAAGAUACUACUACAGCCAUUACAUGAACUAAACAUGGGUACGACUACUAAUAUUUCUGCUGCAAAAUUGGAGACUCCAGUGAUGGAGGUUAUUAAUUUAAUGAUUCAGAAAUCAAUCUCUUCUGUUCCCAUAGUGGAUGAGCAGGAUAAGUUGAUCAACGCUUACGAAGCAGUUGAUGUUCUCACACUUAUUAAGGGAGGAUUAUAUGCGGAUCUUACGUUGAGUGUUGGAGAAGCACUGCUAAAGAGAUCUGAAGAUUUCGAAGGUGUUUAUACAUGCACUUUGAACGAUAGUGUAUUCGCCAUCUCAGAAACCAUAAGAAAGGCUAGAGUACAUAGAUUGUUCAUUGUAGAUGAUGACGGGAAAUUGUUGGGUGUGCUCACUCUCAGCGAUAUUUUAAGAUAUAUACUUUUCUCUUAA